AUGGCGGCGGUGACGUUCGCGAGCCGCGCGGGCGCGACGGGGAAGGGUUUGGCGACGCUCGUGCCGAACGCGAGCGCGCUGGAACAGGUUUUGCCAAUGUUGCUCACCGCGAUGGGACUCUUAGUCGCUUCGGCGUUCUUUUCCAUGGCGGAGACGUCGAUCACGACGCUGUAUCCGUGGAAGAUUCGGGAGUUGGCGGAUCAGGAGGAGUCGUCGGGCGGGGUGUUUCAGAUUCUACGCAAGGAUGUGAGUCGAUUUUUGACGACGAUUUUGAUCGGAACGACGUUCUGUGACAUUUUGGCCACCGCGCUCGUGACCGAGGCGGCGUUGGUAGUGUACGGCGAUAACGCGACGACGGCGGUGACGGUUGGUUUAACCAUCGUGACGCUUCUGUUCACGGAAAUAGCGCCAAAGAGCGUCGCGGUUCAGCACGCGGUGGCGACGGCCAAGGUCAUUGCGACGCCGGUGUACUGGCUCUCGCUCAUCGUCUACCCGGUCGGACGAAUAUUUCAGUGGAUCGUAAACGCUGGGUUCUCCCUGUUCGGCGUGGAGACCUCGGCAGAGCCAUUCGUGAGUGAAGAGGAGUUGAAACUGGUUCUCGCCGGCGCGACGAAGAGUGGUGAGGUGGCGAGCUCGGAGAAGAACAUGAUUCAAAACGUGCUCGAUCUCGAGGAGACGGUGGUGCGAGACGUCAUGACGCCGCUCGUGCAGGUAUGGGGCGUGUCCGUGAACGCCACUCUGUCUGAGUGCCGACAGCAGUGGCUCGUUCACAAGUAUUCACGCAUGCCCGUAUACGACGACCGCGUGGACAACAUCGUGGGCAUGAUUCGGGCGAAUCGAAUCAUGCAAAUCGCCAUCGAGCGCAUCAACGAUCCGGAGCGUCACAAACCGCUCGAGGAGAUCAUUGUUUCGCAGGUGAUGGUUGACGAUCCAUACUUCGUCCCGGAGAGCAUGUCAGUGAGUAAACUUCUACGCGAGCUCAUGUUCCGAAAGACGCACAUGUGCGUCGUGGUGAACGAAUUCGGCGGCGUCGUUGGGAUCGCCACGCUCGAGGACUGCGUGGAAGAAAUCGUCGGUGAGAUUUAUGACGAAGAGGAUAACACCAAAUCGGACGAGAAGGAAGAGGUCCGGGACGAGGAGCCGCUUAUCACGGUGGUCCGUCCCGGCGAGUACCUUGUUGACACGAGCGUACCUCUGUGGAAACUUGCGGAGGAGCUCUCGCUGGAAAUUCCCGAGUCACCUUUGUAUGAAACCGUCGGCGGUUUCGUGUGCGAUUUAUUCGGCUCCAUUCCAGAACAAGGCGCGACGAUCACGAGGGUGUACGAUUUCAUCGAAGAUGAGGAUGCGAGUGACGACGAAGAGAGCGACGACGAGACGGACGGUCUCGAGAUUGACGGCGAGCAUACGCAGCGCAUGAUUAUUUUAACGGUUACCGAAGCGGACACGAGAAUGGUCAAGGAGAUCAGAAUCGAUGUGCGUCGUUAUAGAAAAGGGCAAGACGACGACAACGACGAAGAGUCGGCGUGGGCCGAUUCAAAACCGAUCGUUCCUCGCGCGUUGUAG